AUGACGAUCUCGUAUUCUGGCAAUUUCUUUCGUCUACUUCUGCGAUGGAAAGGCUCUCUAUGGCGUUCAGUGUGGCGAGAAUUGCUGGUUUAUAUUGCACUUUUCUACGCCGUCAAGCUUUUCUAUCUUGUUGGUAUUGACUACCUCUCAGACGACUCAAGUGAUAGAGAAAUGUACAGACGUAAAUUUGAGGCACUGUGCCGUAUGUUCAACGAGUAUACAAGGCUGAUCCCUCUGACCUUCCUGCUUGGCUUCUACGUCUCAAACGAGGACUGCGAAACUGUACGAUGGAUGGCACCGCUUCACUGGAUUCAACAUUUAAUCGUUAAAGAAGAAAAGGAAAACAAUCCGCCGGCGGCUUUCAUUAACAAUUUCAUGACUGAGCUGAGGACCUACCGGCAAUCAUUGCGCAAGCUUUUUUGCUACGAUUGGGUUUGCGUCCCUCUCGUUUAUACUCAGGUGACUGCGUUGGCGACCUAUUCGUUCUUCUUCUUCACGCUGUUUGGUCGUCAAGUGCUACAUUCUGAGGUGGAAGCAGGACGGCAGAUCGACUCUAUCAUACCGCUGUUUGCAGUCAUUCAAUUCAUGUUCCUCGUGGGAUGGUUCAAGGUGGGACAGGACCUUAUGCGUCCAUUUGGCUUGGACGAUGACGACAUUGAAUUGAACUACAUUCUUGACAGAAAUUUCAAAACUUCGUUCGCUGUAGUCAAUCGAUUACACACCUCUGACUGAAUCAGAGCUAUAAAAAUCGCUAAGGGUGUCCCGUGA